AUGGCCGACGGCGCGGCGGCGAGGCCGGGCCAUUACGACCGCCUGCUGCGGGCCAACAUCUACAAAUCGCUUAAUCUGUUCGCCGGCGAGUUUGCUGCCCACCCCUUCAACCCUUUGGACGAGUUCACGCGGCGCCGCCUUUCGUGCAAGAUUCUGUCGGAAUAUGGCCCCGUGCUGAACUACCAGCCGAAGGCUGCCAAUGUGCCGGCGAGAAGCGGCCAGAGCGAGGACUCUGCGGCGCCCAAGGCCGCCAAGGACGCGCCAACCAUCAACGUCCGCAAGGCCAAGACCCCGAUUGCGGAAGUCGUGGACGGGCUGCACGCCGCGCUCGCUAGCUCGCGCCCCGCGUCUAGCAAGCUGGCUUACUUGGACGCGGCCGUGUCCGACGAGGUAAACUUCGGCAUCGUGCGCAAGCGGCCGCUGCUGGCGCUGGGCGCCGGCGACUCCGCCAAGCGGCACGAGCACGGCGCUAUCCGUGCCGUCGUCGACGGCGACAGCGCCGGCUCGAGCGCCAUCACGUCCUACCUGCGUGAGACAGUUGCGGGCGGCCACUCUAUCGCAACCCUCGGCAUCAAGCCGAAAACGGACACCAUCCGCCGCACCAAGCCGAAGUGGCACCCCCCCUGGAAGAUGUACCGCAUGAUCGUCGGCCACCAGGGUUGGGUGCACUGCGUGUCCGUCGACGUGUCCAACCAGUGGUUCGCGACCGGCAGCUCUGACCGCCUGAUAAAGAUCUGGGAUUUGGCCACGUGCCAGCUGAAGCUCUCGCUGACCGGCCACAUCAACGCCGUGCGCGACCUCAAGAUCUCGGACCGCCACCCGUACCUGUUCAGCUGCGGCGAGGACAACACGGUGAAGUGCUGGGACAUCGAGCACAACAAGGUGAUCCGCAGCUACCACGGCCACCUGUCGGGAGUGUACUCGCUGGCCCUGCACCCCGCCCUGGACGUGCUGUUCAGCGGCGGCCGUGAUGCCGUCGUGCGCGUGUGGGACAUCCGCACUAAGGAGUCGGUGCACGUGUUCACCGGGCACAGCGGGACCAUCAUGAGCCUGGCGUCGCAGCGCGCUGAGCCCCAGGUGAUAUCCGGCUCCCAGGACAAGACCGUCCGCCUGUGGGACCUGGCUGCCGGCAAGACGCUCGCCACCCUCACCAACCACAAGAAGAGCAUCCGCGCGAUGGCCAUCCACCCCAGCGAGUACACGUUCUGCAGCGCGGGCGCGGACAACGUCAAGGUGUGGAAGUGCCCCGAGGGCGUGUUCCACCGCAACAUCGGCGGGCACAACUCGAUCCUGAACUGCGCGGCCAUAAAGGACGACGGCGAGUCGUCGGUGCUCGUCGCGGGCUCCAACAACGGCCAGCUGCACUUCUGGGACUGGCACAGCGGCUACAAGUUCCAGACGCUCGAGAGCGUGGUGCAGAAGGGCUCCCUCGAGAGCGAGAACGGCAUCUUCGGCUGCGCGUUCGACAUGAGUGAGAGCCGCCUGAUCACCGCCGAGUGCGACAAAACGGUGAAGAUAUGGAUCCAGGACCCCGACGCGACGCCCGAGAGCCACCCCGUGGUCUGGACGCCCGAGGCCGCGUCCAGGCACUACUAG